UUCUUGUUGAAGUGAUCCGAACCGAACCGUAUUGCACACGCGCUUUUUCCAACAGAUUCAACAAGCCCUCUGACGGCUCCUCCCUGUAUGUCAGAGGGUUGAGUUGCUGCGCACCUUCAACCACCCACCUACCUGCUCCCACUGUUUGUCCUUGCGAGGAGGAAUUGCGACAUCUUGAACUUGCAGUUGUUAUAUUUCCCCAUCUAACCGACCUGUGCGACUUCAGUGACAAUUCAACUUGACGACAAGUCGGGUGUAAUGUCGGUUGACCCGUCUCCUGCUGGCUUUAGCCAGUAUCAAGCAGCUACCGUUGCAUCUACUCAGUGGAAUAACUGGGCUAAUGUGAUAGCCAACACUAAUAGUUCGCCAGCGUUUCAUGCGGCAAUCGCCGCCCAACGAGGAGGUUACAAUCAGCAUCAGUUUUAUUCGCAAUCGGUACCGUCUUGUACCGUUCCAAGUGCUCCGUGGACCCAACAAUCAUGGGGCUCGUGGGUUCAUCAGCCGCUUGCUCAGCAUACUCGAUUCCAACAACCCAUAGCGUCGCAAUUUCCCGGGCUUUCUCCCCAAAUGGUUCACGACCGGAUAAAUACUAAUGCGCCUGUUGCUUCGCCGAACACCAAAACUAACCCAUCUGCAGCAUCCUUGAUGACCACAUCGCUGACGCCCAAUAACACAGAAAAUGAUGAAAAGAAGAAAGAAGAACCCGAUGAUGUCUGGGGCUAUCUGGAAGCCCAGGCGUCAUUCCUGGGUCCUUCACUCUGGGAUAAUGGCGAUCUCAAGAUGGAAUACAUGGAUCUGGACGAGUUUCUAUCAGAAAAUGGAAUCCCUUUAGCUGAAGGACAUGGGCGUUCGCCACCCUCAAAGGGUGUUCCUUCACCUCGGUCGGUGGCUAGCGCCGAUGGCAGCUCUGGAUCCGGAUUGGUUCGCAACCCGUUGCCAUCCAGUGGCAACGAAAGCUCCGACAGUAAUAAAGCAGGCAGUUCCCUUGAUGCUUCACUAGAUUAUCAGAGUAGCAUAAGUCCAGUAGCCGAGCAGAGAGAUGACGAAUGCAGCAACGCCUCCGAAUCUUCAAAUUCCACUGAAUUGGAGACAGUUGCGCCGUCGUCUCUAGAGAAGGUGCGGCCACCUGUGGCUAAACGCAAGCGCAGCGCAGUUUCGACCUCUUCGUCCUCUAAUGACAACUCUUCUGAUGAUGGUUCCUAUGUACCGGGACAGGAAGACUUCGAUCCCAAGAGUCGCCAAUUUUCUCCGGAAGAGCUACGCCCUCAGCCGAUGUCUAAGAAGUCAAAGAAGCAGUACGUCCCGGAUGACAUGAAGGACGAUAAGUAUUGGGCGAGACGUCGCAAGAACAAUAUGGCGGCGAAACGAUCGCGUGACGCACGUCGCGUCAAGGAGAAUCAGAUCGCUAUGCGGGCGGCAUUCCUCGAGAAGGAGGUAAAUGCCGUCCUAAAGGCUGAGCUGGACAAGAUGACCAAACUGUAUACCGCCGCGCUCAAGCGUUUGGAACAAUACGAGAAACCAAGCAAGAAGUGAAGAAGAAAAAAACGAGUGCUCUGAUUGACCUCUUUAUCACCAUCAAAUUGAAACAGGUCGUGUUGUAGAUGUUAAAUCCCCUCUUCCGUUCUUGAAAUGACUACCCUUCAAUUCCCAUUAUUUGCAAUUUCUUUUCAGAGGUUCACUUAUUACCCUUUUCAAAUUAUAAAAUAAGGGUCUUAAUUUUUUUUUUUUCUUGAUUGAUGGUGAUUUUCUGUUGUGAAACUGAACUCCAAGUACAAAUUUGUUACCUAUAUAUGGAACCUCUUGGCGUCGAUACCCAUCAUAUGAUAGUCCGCUUUUGAAUUGUAUAGUCGUUUCGGGAAUGGAACUUUAAAACAAAAAAAAAAAUUAUUGUUAUUCUUAGGUUCCCCUUAAAGGCCCUUCAAUAUUACCAGUCUGUCUUAUCUUUAGUGUGCAAUGGUAUCGUUGAUCACUGGGAAAACUAACAUGUCGUUUCGAGUGAUUGUCGCUAUUGUCACGGUAUAUUCGUCGUGUAACACGUACUUGCUCACCUCCCCUUCCGUCAACGUAGUCGUAGCCGAAACUAUAAUUUUCUCGAAUUUAUUCAGUUAGAUUUUUAGAGAUGGUAUAUAAUCGGGUUUAUGUAGUUAAAAAAAAAAGGAAAGAAAAAGAAACUUGUUACAAUAAACGCGGUUUUAUGAAAGAAAA